AUGUAUACGUGCACCGACGACUAUAGAUUCGAGAGCACACUCGGCAACGGAACGUUCGGAACCGUGUAUCUGGUGAGAAGAAAGAAGGACUCGAAGCCGUUUGUCAUAAAAGAACAAGAUCUAGACUCGGUGAAUUAUUCGGCCUCCAAGAUAGUGCUUGAGGAGGUGCAAUGUCUGCGCAAGAUGCGACAUCCGAACAUAGUGUCUUAUCACGGAGCGUGGAUAGCGCACAAUCACAGUUACAUUCUUAUGGAAUACGCGACUCGAUGCACUCUCAAGGACUUGCUGGAGAAACGGAAGAUUCCUCUCAAGGAGGAAGACGCUCUGUACCUAUUUUCACAAGUCACUCUGGGAGUACAUCACAUUCACUCGAAAGAGAUCCUUCACCGAGACUUGAAGCCAGAGAAUAUUAUGCUGACUGGUAGCCGCGGGGAUAUCGUUAAAAUUGGCGACUUCGGUGUUUCGAAGAGUCUUCACGAAAAAUGCAUCACUUGUCGCGCCGGAUCUUACUAUUACAUGGCCCCGGAAAUGCUGACUGCACAGCCGUACGACUUCAAGUGUGACGUAUGGAGCAUGGGCGUUAUAUUAUACGAGAUGAUCACGAAGAGGCUUCCAUAUCCUGCCACGAGUCUAGUGGAAAUUACGAAGUUGGUGUUCGAUCAGCCGCCGAAGCCUCUGCCUGAAGGAACACCGGUGCCGAUCGUGAACUUGAUAUCGAAGAUGCUGAGGAAGCAAAGCCCGAGUCGACCUCGCACCGAUCAACUCGUGCUCUGCCCCUUCCUGGUCCCUUACAUCGUCCGAAUAUAUCUGAAUGUCGGGCGAAUCAUUAAUCUCGCCGAUCGGGAAUCCGCCAAGUUCGGCCCGCGCGUUUUCUUGAAAUUCCUGAAGCCGCCGAAUUUCCGUCAAAACGAAACCGUACAGUAACAAGUUGUAAGGAGUGAACGAAUCAGAAUCAGAUAUUUCCGUUGCACGAAGCGCGCGCGUUAGAUGAUUUUAGUCGAAUGUUUUGCAUUGAAAAUCUCAAAACACUCUUCUUAUCAAUCGCACGCGCCUUCUCGACAAUCUUAUUAAUUUUAUACGAGUGAUGGAAUCAAAUUGGAAGGCAUAUUUUAUAAUGUAUAAAGUAUAAACGCGCACACAGAGCGCGAGCUCCGUUGUCUUCAGUGAUGUAUUAACCGUGUGCAGUUAUCGGAAGGAAAUUAAAUUAAAGAUGAUCGGGAACACGUGUGCCAUGACUGAAAUGCUCACGCGACUGAAAAUCCCGUCGCGUUUCGAAAGCGCAACACGCGGAACCGAUUUAGCGCCAGUGGAAACAGCCUGAUUUUAAUCUCUCGUCCGCGGCAUUCAGCAUCGAUGGAAUCUCAUUGUUCGACGUGUGCACGAGCGCACACGGAAAGCGCGUAACUACCGGAAACCAAGGCCGGAAUCGUGCGGAUUCGUGCGGAUACACCGUUUCGUGCUCGAUGACCACGGCCCAGGAAAACCGUACAGUUCGC